ACGUACAUCAACCUUGGAAGGCUUUGAACAACUAUACUCUUAGUCCAAAAUGAAUAAAUCUCAGUGGGAAAACAAUGAAGAAAUUAAAAUAUUCCGCGAAUAUUUACGUAUUCCAUCGGUACACCCAAAUGUAGAUUACACUGCUUGUGUGGAAUUCUUGAAACGUCAGGCAGCUGAUCUGGAGCUACCAGUAGAUGUUGUCUUAGCCGGAUUGAAUCCUGUCGUUGUUAUAAAGUGGCUAGGCAAACAGCCGGAGCUACCUUCCAUUGUGUUAAAUUCACACAUGGACGUUGUUCCGGUAUUCCCGGACAAGUGGACACACGAACCUUUCAAUGCCGAUCUGGAUGAUGAAGGCCGCAUUUUUGGUCGAGGCUCUCAGGACAUGAAGAGUGUUGCAACUCAAUAUCUGGGGGCGAUACGCUCUCUAAAAGCUAACGGCCACCAGCCAAAGAGAACAGUAAUUCUCACCUUUGUGCCGGAUGAGGAGGGUGGCGUUACACAGGGAAUGGCCAAUCUAAUUAAGAGUGAUUACUUCAGGAAACUAAACGUAGGAUUCAGCUUUGACGAGGGCAUUUCCAGCGAAGAUGAAACCUACGACGUGUUCUAUGCCGAGCGAACUGUAUGGCACUUAAGGCUUAAGAUCAGUGGAACUGCUGGACACGGUUCUCUACUCCUACGCAACACCGCUGGCCAGAAGCUCAAUUAUGUUUUGAAUAAAUUAAUGGAAUUCCGUGAGUCACAAGUGAAGCGACUCGAAGAAGACUCGAAUAUGGACAUUGGAGAUGUUACUACCGUUAACCUAACCCAACUGCACGGAGGGGUCCAAAGCAAUGUGGUGCCUCCUUUACUGGAAGCGGUAUUUGAUAUUCGAGUUGCCAUAACAGAAGAUUUGGAUGCGCUCGAGAAGCGAAUUCGCGAUUGGUGCACAGAAGCAGGAGAUGGUAUUGAGUUAGUGUUCGAGUGGAAAGAACCGUAUGUAGCUCCAACCAGAAUCGAUGCAUCAAAUCCAUAUUGGUUGGCCUUUAAGAAAGCCCUGGACGAACUCGGCGUGACAACCCGUCAACGCGUUUUCCCAGGUGCCACGGACAGCCGAUUCCUGCGAUCUUUUGGCAUUCCGGCCUUGGGCUUCUCGCCUAUUAACAAUACGCCCAUCUUGCUGCACGAUCACAAUGAAUAUUUGCGUGCAGAUACCUAUCUGCGUGGAAUUGAAAUCUACAAGAAAGUUAUUGCAGCUGUAGCAAAUGUAUAACAAGUGGGCCCUCAUUCGACUUAAUUAAUUUUGAUUUAUAUACAUUAUACUUGAUUGAUCCCCACUUCAGUAAUUAACGUAGUUGAAGCAGUGUCUGUGCACAGUUUGAAAUGAUGUAUUGAUUAAACGUUUGAUAAUGGCUUAAUUAGCAAGCACAUUAAAUACACUGAUAAGCAACAUAUCAGACAAAUUUACGAUUACAA